AUGGAGUGGCGGCGGCGCCUCCAGACGGGAACGCCGCAUGCUCUUAGACGCCGCCGCGUGGGCGAGGGAUUAGGGUUCGCGGCGGGGGCCACUAAGGCGUCCGCGGCGGCCCCCGCGCGCGCCCCGCGACCCCCCCUCGACCCGAGCGCGUACGAGUCACAAGCUGCGUUUAAGAGGGCGGUGGCGCUGGCGUCCUGGGCGGACCGCCAUCAAGCGUUCUCGCGCUACUUGAACCUCCGCGCCCGCAGCCCCGGCUUGGCCGAGCGCUUCCUAUCCGGGGUUUUUCGAUCGCGCAACGCUUUUCAGAUUGCUUUGGUCGAUCCGGCCGACGGGAGUUCCCCCGACGUCGAGGAAAUGCUUGCUGCUCUGCGGUCGGACCUGGUUGACCGCGUGCACAAUGACUUUGCUGUUGACCAGUUGGAGCAGCGGGCGCAAGCUCUCGCUGUCUCGGCAAUUCGCGCGGAGGGCGCGAGCUCCGGCCAACCCGCUCCGCGCCUCUACUCGGCUUCGGAGGUCGACGCCGUACUGGACAACUUCAAAACUACAUCCUCGGCGCUCCGCGGCUGCUAUGCGGCGGUCAGCUCUGUCGUCCCGGAGGGCAGCCGGGUCACGAGGGCCCUGGCCAAUCUGUCCAGACUUUGCGCCAGCACCAGCACUUUGUGGUCUGCCCGCCAGGGCCGCAAGUUUAGCGUAGGCGUUUUUACUGCGCAGCUCAAGUGGUUGGCUGAGGACGUGUACCGCGUGCUCCCGGGGAGUGGCGCGGCUCGGGUGGAUCCCCACCUCCGCCAGCUCUGCAUGGGGCCCCAGGUUUCUGACGCCCGCGAGUCGGGGAUGCCCGCGCCGCCGGCAGUAGGGGGCGACCUCGAGGCUUUAGCUGUCGAGGUGGCGUCGGCAGCUGCGGCCGAGCAGGCGCCUUUCCCGAGGGCCGAGAAGGCAAUCGCCUUAGGGGCUUCGCAGGUCACCUCCGAGGUGCCCUUACGCGUGGACUCCGCGUUGCUAUACCCGCCCCCUUUUCUCUUCCUUGCUCAGCGCGCCCGCUACUCGCUCGACUCUUUGCAAGCGUCCUGGGCCCGUCGCCUUCUCGGCUGCGCCAUAGGUCCAGCGCUGCCAGGCGAGGCUGUCCUUGCACACUGCGGGUGGCAUUUGCGACUGGGUACCAAGAUGGUGGAGCGCGCCAUCUUGGCUCGGGCGAAGCUCUUCUUACUGCCAGAAACGCACCCGGGCGCCAGCAUGCUUAGGCUGGCCUCGGCCACAUCUUGCCCCACCUGGGCGAGCGCCGCCCAAGCUGUGAUGGAGGCGCUGGACAGCCCCAUCCCAGACGUGGUUGAUUGGCCUCGCGCAGGCGAGCAGGUCUUGGGAGCUCCGCUUUGCGUCGCCACCCUGCCCCGUUGCGGCGGCUGCGGCGCGCUGGACGUGGACAUCUGGCACGCCCUUUUCGCGUGCCUCGCGACAGCCACUCACCGGGCCAUCACCGUCUCGAGCCAGUUCUAG